AUGAGUCGAAUUUCUCCCCCAAAUAUCAACCUACCAGCUCUCAGCAUUCAGACAUCGAGAUCGGGCAUGAGUGCGGAUAAAGCAGCGCCUCGGCGAGCACGUAGCGGGAGCUUGGUGAAGGUGGAAAAGGUGGACAGUACGAAUGACCAGAUGCUGGAUCAGGAGGUGUAUCCGAAUGUCAAUGCAGACUGGGUCAAUCUCAAAGGCGCUUGGGUCAUCCACGUCGUGCUCAUCGUUAUGGGCAAGAUUAUCAUCGAUUCCGUACCGGGGAUGACACAGGAGAUUAGCUGGACGCUUCUCUCGUACCUUAUGUUUCAUUGGGUCACCGGCACGCCAUUCCACAGCGAGAUGCACGGUGGCGCAUUUGAUGACUUGACGCUAUGGGAGCAGAUUGACGAAGGCGCACAGAAUACGCCAGCAAAGAAAUGGCUCUUCUCCGUCCCCGUCUGCCUUUUCCUCGCUUCAACGCAUUAUACAAACUACAACCCAUGGUCGUUCGCCAUCAACAUCACUGCUCUCGUUCUCUGUCUCAUCCCGAAGCUCCCGAUGGCUCACCGCCAACGCGUUCGCUUCAUGUCCGAUGACCAGUCAGGCAUGGCGACCCCCGUCACACCCUCUUUCACCGUUUCGGGAAGGAGCACCCCCACAGAAUCAGGACCACCGCCCGCCAUCCACGUCACGGAGGCUCAAUUCCGUCGUCGGUGA